AUGACCGCAUCAACAACGUCAGAUUGCUCCACCGCACCGUCGACAGCCAGUUUGGAAGAGGCAAAGUCACACGAAUUGACCACGAAUCCAGACCAUCGCAUGCCGUCGACUGCGGAACCAAAACCGGAACUCUUCACGACGGCUGCACCGGCAAUGUCAAACCUCUCCAUCGCGUCGUCGACAGCCAGUCCGGAGGAGGCAGAGUCACAUGAAUUGACCACGAAUCCAGAUCAUCGCGCACCGUCGACUGCGGAACCAAAACCGAAACUUUUCACGACGGCUGCACCGGCAAUGUCAAACCUCUCCACCGCGCCGUCGACAGCCAAUCCGGAAGAGGCGGAGUCACAUGAAUUGACCACGAAUCCAGAUCAUCGCAUGCCGUUGACUGUGGAACCAAAACCGGGAGUCUUCACGACGGCUGCACCGGUAAUGUCAAGCCUCUCCACCGCGUCGUCGACAGCCAAUCCGGAAGAGGCAGAGUCAUAUGAAUUGAGCACGAAU